CGAGAAGUUUUUAUAUUAUUUAAAAACAUAAGCACGGAUCAACACGCACCCCAAAAACUCGAAGAAUGGUUUUCUACAAAGUUUAAAGAACGAUAUAAACUUUCCUCGCACGAAUGGGACUACGUUGACCCCAUAUUAAACGCGCGAAAAUGUAUUAUAGAGAUGGCCGUAGAAAAUUUUGAAACUAAGAAACUUUGCAACUGUUUAUAUCAGCACUUGUGGUUUUAUGCAAAACUUGCUAGAAAAGCUAAUAAAUACCAUAUUGCCCACAAAGUUCUUUCAGAAUGUUUGUACUCGUGUGAGUUGUUUUCUUGUAAAGACAUUGAAAAGACUUCUUCAGUUGUUUUUGACCUCCAAAUAGAAAAAGCCCGCGUGUUUUGGGAUGAGGGCCUUAAAGAAGUCGCCAUCACUUCUGCAAAAACCUUAAUGGAUUUUUAUAAAGAAACUGAUAGCCUCCUAAGCGAUCGUUAUGGAAAAUUACUCUUUUUAUAUGGAAAGUGGAAUGCAGAACUUUCCUCUCAAAGCCCAAACUUUAUCAUUGAAUUGUAUAAACAAUCAACCCUGUUUGCCUCGGAAUGUAAAAGUUCCUACAGAUUUAAGGCAAUGGCGGCUUUGGCAACAUAUAGCGAUCAUCAUUAUCAAACUCUGAGAACCAAGCUCUCCUCUCCUGAAUGGGAAGCUGCAGAAGAGCUCCGGAAGAAAACUUUGGAAGAAUAUCAGCGCUGUAAAAGUUUGGCGCUAGCUCCGAAGAUAACCAAUGAUAAACAAUGGCUAAGAGAACAACAGGAGCUUAAACGCCACACGCACUUUCUAAAAAAACAAGUUGAAUCGGAUACUGAAGAAGUGAAUCGCUUGAAACUUCAACUGCAACUAUUUUUAUCGUUGGCUUUGCAGCACUAUUUGGGCUGCCUCCAAAAUGCGUCUAAAGAAUUUGAUCCCUCUGUGUUUCGAUUCAUUUCUGUUUGGUUUGAUAAUACAGAAAAUGACGCAGUUUUGAGCAUAAUUGAGGACGGGUUGCGCGGUGUUCCCACAUUUAAGUUUAUACCACUCUUGUACCAGCUUGUCGCACGUGUGUCCUGCGAGAAAAAUUCAAAGUUCCAGAAUAUACUUCAAUGCUUAAUAGCAAAGAUUUGCAUUGACCAUCCGUUUCAUACAACUUAUAUCAUCUUAAGUUUAUCAAAGUCGUAUGAAAACGAAAAGGCUGCUGCCGCUCUAUCAAUUCUCAAUCACAUCCGCCAACACUCUAAAAUUAACAGUUAUGUGGAGAGCAUCUCGAAAUUGUGCGAGGCGUACAUCGAAUUGGCUAAAGUCGAAACUCCUAAGAAAACCCCACGUAAUAAACUUUUGAAAAUAUCGGACAGAAGCCAAAUGCUUUUGAAUAUGGACUUUCACACUGUUGCUGUCCCCACGCACCCUCUGCCGGUUUCCCUUAACGCCCAAUACGAAAAUAUCACGGGGAUUCAUAAGUUUGAAGAAACUUACUUUGUUGUCGGUGGUUUAACUUUACCAAAAAUUAUUAACUGUAUUGGCACCAAUGGCAUUGUUUAUAAACAGCUAGUAAAAGGCCAUGAUGAUUUAAGGCAGGAUGCUGUUAUGCAGCAGGCCUUCGCCGUCUUCAAUUCGAUCCUCAGCAGUAAUAAAAUAACAAGAAAAAGAAAAUUACAGGUACGCACAUAUGUUGUGCUGCCACUAAACCAGAACUGCGGAGUGAUGGAAUAUGUCCAGAAUACUAUCCCUCUUGGCGAGUACUUAGUCGGGACUACCAUAAAAGCUUAUUCACAUUUAUAUUUACUGUUAUAUAACGGUGCUGUAAAGACUCCCGAGUCUCCUAUGUCCGCACAUGAACGCUACCAUCCUAAUGAUUGGUUAAGUUCAGAGUGCAGAGAACGAAUGAAAAAGAGUGAAGUUGUCUCUCAGUUGGAGACGUAUCGUCUUAUAACCGAACACUUUAAACCUGUGUUCAGACACUUUUUUUAUGAGAACUAUUUGCAACCGUCCGUUUGGUUCCACAAGCGCUUGGCUUAUACCAGAAGUGUCGCUGCCUGGUCUAUGAUUGGCUACGUCUUGGGACUAGGCGACCGUCAUAUUCAGAAUAUUCUCAUCGAUUGCGAGACGGCUGAGCUGGUUCAUAUCGACUUUGGAAUUGCAUUUGAUCAGGGAAAGCUGCUUCCUUACCCCGAAUUGGUUCCUUUUCGCUUAACACGUGACGUCGUGGAUGGAAUGGGCCUUCCCGGAGUCGAGGGGGUUUUUCGUCGCUGCUGCGAAGAAACUCUCCGCUUGUUAAGAAAUAACCACGAGUCUCUCUACACAAUUUUGGAAGUGUUUAUUCACGAUCCCUUGCACAAAUGGACUAUCAGCCCGAAAGCACUUAGUAGACAGAGACAUGAUCGGGGCUUUAGGGAAAACGAAGCUAUCAACUAUAAUCAGAAUAGUACUACUUCGACUGUAAAUUCCAAACAAGGGGAAAGAGUACUUUAUCGCUUAAAGGAAAAACUCAAUGGCAUCGAAGACGGGAAUUCGUUGAGCGUGCAAGGCCACGUCAACCAUCUCAUUCAGGAAGCAAUGAGCGAAGACAAUUUGGCGCGCCUUUUUUGUGGUUGGCAGGCGUGGGUUUGACGCAGGAGCACCAUCAUUUCAAGACUUUACAGCUGAAUUCACAUAAUUAUAAGAUGUUUUUUUCAAUAAUCCAGUUUAAUAGUAUAUUACACCAAGUCCACUUUAGAAUAGAGAGCUGCGUGUGUCUUUAGAUCAAU